AGAGAGAGAGAGAGAGAAUGGAGUCAAGCAAGAAAGAGCGUGAAAUGGAUAGAUGCUCCAAUUAGAUAGGGAGCUUAGAGAGAGAAGCUAGAGCAAAGGAAAGCUCUUUGGUGCGUCAACCGCCUGAGAUCUUCUUAAUUUCUCAUUAAAGAUCACCGGAAAACUCAGAUUGCCGGUGAAAUGGCGGACCAAAAUUCGUCCCCGGACUGGUUACCGGCAGGUUGGAGCAUGGAAGUCAGAGUACGAAAAAAUGGUAAAAAAGACAAGUUUUACACUGAUCCCUCGAAUGAACUCAAAUUCUAUUCCAAGCCAGAGGUGCUUCGCUAUCUUAGCAGCAUAGCAAUCAACUCUCCUAGAUCCGAGGAGAACACGAAAGUUGCCAGCAAGAGCUCUGCACUUCGAGUUGAGAAAGCCGGAGCAGAAGGGUUACCUCCUGGAUGGAUAAAGAAAAUCAGAGUAAGAAAGAAUGGAAGCAAGAUCAGAAAAGACCCGUACUAUGUUGAUCCGGUAACUGGAUAUGUAUUUCGCUCUAUGAAGAGCAUUUCCCACUACCUUGAAACUGGAGAUCUGGGAAGGCUUGCAUUGAAGCCAAAGGACAAAGGCUUUCAAAUAAAUGCGGAAUUGGGAGAUGAUAAACCACCUUCAACUCCUGAAGCUGAAGGGCAUAAAGUAGUAGACAGAGUAACAGAUAGACGACUUACGAGGAAUCAGAGGUUGAAGUUGGGUGUAGCAGUGGAGGAUGAACAAAUCCUUAAAUCCAACUGUACAGGUAGCAAAGGUGCAGCAAUGGACAGUGUUAAGCUGCCAGAAACUAAUUGUUUGGAGCAAGGAAAAGGGAAAAGUGAUUCUUCUGUAUGCACUUAUGUAUCUGCUUCUGCAGUUGCGGCCCCUGCAGAACAGCAACCAUCAGAAAAUGGGGUGAAAAGACUUUUGAGUAGAAAGACGCGACAUGGGAUAAGCAAAUUAAAUGACUUACCUUGUCGGGCAUCGAAACGACUUGCUGGGAUCAAGGUCGGUAUAACGUCCAAACUGAGAACCACUAGUCAAGCUUGUCGAGUUGCAGAUAAACAGUCUGGUGAGGCUGAAGCCAGUAGCUCUGAGAAUGUUAAGAACUUGGCUACUCCAGAAGAACAUAUUAGAAAGGCAGAAGUAGAGGAGAAUAGGACUGAUGAGAAGCAAAAAUGCCCUAUUAUUUUGCCUCUAGAAAAUUCGUCUAUUCCUAAAGAGCAUGUUGGAGAGGUUGAAACUGAUAAUAACGAUGAUGACAAGCCUGGAUCGCCUAUCGGCUUGUCUUUGACGGAUUCCUGGAUGGAAGUGGACCCAUGUAUUGAAUUUGCGAUAAAGACUCUCACUGGGGCAAUUCCAAUAGGGAAUGAAAACCGGGCUGAUGAGAAUCCAAGUAUUCAUAUUGACUUGCCUCCUGAUAAUCAAGGAUCUUCUUUGGACCUGCCUUUCGGAGAUUCAUGGACAGACCCAUGCAUUGAAUUUGCCAUAAAAACUCUCAAGGGCGAAAUCCCAGUAGACGAUAAUCUGCAGCUUCAAAAUUACUUCCAGAAGCAGCUCAGCUCAUCGAAUUCCCAAGGGCGCAAUGGCUCAACAAUCCCAAAUGUUAGUUUACAUAAUGACUUCUCCCAAGCCCAUCUCUCACCCCAGCAAUUCCACACUGCAGAGAGGCCUCUAUAUAAACAACAGGCACGGUAGCUAGCGCCUAUGUUACUGCAUUCCAGAAAUGUUAGCUUAAAAUUUGCAGUUGAUGGUGAACACCAAAGAUCAACAGCCAAUCUAGUAGGAAUUCAUCCGUAACCAUGUAGAAUUCUUCCAGGUUUUUAGAACGUUUCUUUGUCGUUGUAUUGACACAUACUGUCACUGAUCAUAAUAAUCUUCCAUGGGGAUACAUUGUUCUAGAGAGUUUCCAUUAGUUUCUGGUUAGCUUGAGUCCACUGAUGUUGUACGAUUGUAAUUUCAAUUGAUGAACUGAUGCUUUUUUCAUCUGAUGUCCCCAAUUGCAUCCACGUUCAAGUUUAAGGAUAGCUUUUAUAUCCAUUUUGCACUUAGCCAAG